AGAUGGAUUUUCCUCAAGCUUCGGUCGAAAACUACGUCAAAAUAGAAAACGCCAUUCGCGACAAAAUCACCGUCUUUUCUCUGUGUUUGUGGGCGAAAAUUUCAAGGAAUUACUCGAGCAUAUUUGCGUAUUCAAGUCAGCAAUAUGACAGUGAAAUUGCAGUUUUUUUGUAUGAAAACUUGGCGUUAGACCUUGCCAUAAAAAAAAUAUGGUCACAGCCACAGGACGGACCUACGAUCUCUGCCUACGAUUCGUGGCAUUUCUAUUGCCUACAGUGGAGAAACAAUGAUGGUUUAAUCGAGAUUUACCAAGAUGGGAUUAAGCUAGGAACGAAACACAAAGCGGUAGGUUACACUAUACCCUCCAACGGUAUAGUAGUUAUUGGCCAGGAAUUGGAUUCCUAUGGGGGAGGUUUUGACAGCAAUGAGGCGUUCCAAGGAAGCCUUGCAAGUUUGAAUCUCUGGAGAAAAUUUUUGACUGUAAAUGUUAUACAAGGAAUGGCAUCUGGGGUGAUUAAUGUUAAUGGAGAUCUCUUUCAAUGGAGAAAUUUAAGAAAUCAUGUGUUCGGUCACGUAAACAUACGGGAAAGAUCUGAAGCAGAGAUUCCAGAAUAUCGAGUGCAGAUUCUGCGAAAUGAAUGGUGUGGAAAUAACGUUCACGAAGCGUUUACUUAUGCAAGAUUUAUUCGCAGCAAGGAAAUGGAUGGCUACACGUGGAGGUGCGUUACGCCAGCGGCCAUGUUGGAUGAAAACAUGUGCUAUGACAUCACAAAGAAUUCAACCUUGUACUAUACUAGAAACAAGAAAGAAGAACUUUUAGGAAUCAAUUAAAACAUAUUUCCUGAAGUUAAUAAUGAAAUCAGUAAGAAAGAUGGACUAUAGCUGAGACUAUUUGGGUGUUGUAACAAGUUGGGCUCUUCAUUAUACUGAUUGUUUAAAAUUUAUAUCAAAAUGCACCAGAUAAAUUAUAAAUUAGAUGCUCACAAGCUUUUAAGAGUACCAGGGACAACAUGCAUGCGACUAUUUAGACUUAGACUAAGCCACAGAGUGAGUAAUAGAUAUUAGCCUUAGCACUAAAAAGUGGGUACAUUACUCCAGCUAGUUCGAUCUAUCCUUUUUUUACUGCAUGUAUGUGACCAAACGAAAAUAUAACAGUUCUUGGACAGGAAUCAAACGUACGUUGUCUUUAUUUUUGGGACUUCCCAACCAGCGCUUUG